AUGUCACUCCUCCGAGCCAAAUCCUCUUCUUCGGUCUUCUUUUUCGCCUUCUCCAGAACCCUAACUCCUCUCAUUGAUUUCCAGAGGCGCCUUGCAUCUGUUGAACGCGUUGUCUCCUUCGUCUAUGCCCUUGCUGCCUCCGCCUCCGACGAGUUCCUCGAUUGCUUCCUCAAGUUCCUCCUAGCUGCCGCUUACGACAUCCAACAAAACAGCCAGAUUCCGAGCGUGCCAGAUCUUCUUCGAGCUAAUGAGUGUGCCAAAUGCCAUGGACUAAAAAUUGGGAAGGCAGUUGAUGAUGAUGAUGAUGAUGAUGUGGGGAACUACUCUGUGCUUGCAAUGGUGUUUCCUGCUAGUAAGGUUUCGAAGGAUGGAGUACGCCUGUCUUCAAACCUUUAUUAUACUAUGGGAUGUCCUCCUAUGGGCUCAAGUGUGUUUGUUUGUGCAUUACAGAAACAGCUCUUGCCUACUCCUGCCAGUGGGAGCAAUCAACAACAUUAUAUGGAAAAUAGUUGUCUACCUAUUAAUAAUUGCAAGGAAUUGUAUCUUCAGUUGGUUCCUUCUAACAGUGGGCUACCGUUGAAGUUUAAUAAUUUUCCCUCAUUGGACGUGUCUAAGGUGAAAUCUCAUGUCCAAUUUGAGAAUGACAUUGUUGCUUCUCCUGCAACAUCUUCUUCACACCUUCUUCUGUAUCAAAGUUUCCUAAUGCUAGUGGUUUGUCUUCUCCACAAUUUGAGGAUUCAGCAUCUAGUGUGCCAAAUCAGAAGAGUCAAUCACUGAUUUCAUCUGAUGUCAACUUAGCAGUAAGUGAUGAAAGUUCUAAGCAGUCACUUGAGACAUGGGCAACUUCAUGGUUAUAUUCUUGAUAUUUACUUUUAGGGAAUCUUGUCAGUAUUCCAAUGUUUUCAGAGUGUUUUUUCCAAGUGAUAUGAGCUAAGAAGCUGCCAGUUGCCAAAUCUGGUCAUUAUCCACCAAAUGGGGUGGUGAAAUCAAUAGCUCCAAAAUCUAACUCCAAAGAGUUUUCAUCAUUUGCCCUGCACAUUCAAGAGUUUUCUGGUAAGCCUAAAGAAAA